AAAAGAGUGGUUGCAAGUACGAAGAAGAAAGGGUUGUAUCUAGAAGCAACGAAAGAGAAAAUAUAUUACAAAGUAUAAUAAUAGAUUUCCGGACACGUAUUCUCGACGCCGAGGCUCCGAAAUCCCAAGAGACUCGGAUCCGAUUGACAAAUCGGAUCAUCGGCGUGUCGCCGUCGAGCAUGGCUUUGCUGCGACGAGCUCGACCGGCGAACAGAUUCUUCGACAGAGUGUUCACGAGACAUCAACACCAACGGCAACAAGAACAACAACCAGAGCGCGACAAUAACGAAGUAAAAAGCGGUAACGGCAACAAGAGACCGGCCAUCGACGAGGUGACGAUCAGACGGCUCGAGAAGCUGGCGCUAGUCGGCUUCGAGUACGAGCAGAGCAAGCGCGUGCUGGAGGAGGCGGUGACGUUUGCCGAGCGGCUGCGGGCGGUUCCCAUCGACGAGGCGGUGCGUCCGAUGUGCAGUACCCUGGAGAACGAUUGCGUCCACUUGCGGGACGACGUGGCGCGACGCGACGUCGAUCGGCGCGAGAUACUGCGGAACGCGGCGGUACUGGAGGAAGAGUACUUCGUCGCGCCGCUAACGGCAGGCAGGCAGGCAGAAGGAGAGUCCAAAUGAUGAGUCUGGAGGCUGCGCUGAG